AUGCAAUUCUUCCGCCUUCUCACCCUCCGAAACCCAUACAUUCUAUACACCAUCUCCUUCGUCGUCAUCGUCAUCAGUCGGUACCUAUUCCUCAUGCUCUGGAAAUCCCGAAAAAACCAUUUCCCCGUGGCAGGGUUGACCGCCAUCGUCACUGGGGGUUCACAGGGGCUGGGUUUUUCUCUCGCGCGAGCUCUCUCAGCGAAGGGCGCGAAUGUUGUGAUCGUGGCGCAGGAUAUCGAGAAGCUAGACAAUGCACAGCAGGAGAUUCAGGCCGCUGCUGCGAGGCCGGCGGAGCAGAAGUUUCUCAACCUGUCAUUCGACCUGCGCUCUCCCGACUCAGCACCAGAGAUCCUGAAGCAAGUGACGAGUUGGAACCAGGGCCGGGCCCCGGAUCUCGUGUUCUGCUGCGCCGGUAGCUGCCACCCAGCGUUCUUAGCUGACGCGAGCAUCGAUACACUGCGUGGCCAGAUGGACACGAUAUAUUGGUCAAGUGCGUAUAUGGCGCAUGCGGUGCUGAAUUUGUGGAAGGAACCAUCCUUAUCCUCGAAUGAUGGUAGCAAGACCAGCGGAAAGCCGUUUCCACCGCGCCAUAUUGUGUUCACAUGCAGCACCCUCGCGUUCGUGCCUGUGGCAGGCUACUCACCGUAUUCGCCGGCAAAGGCUGCGAUGCGUGCGAUGGUCGAUGGCUUGAAUCAAGAGGUGGCGGUUUACAAUGGGUCGAGGCAGGGGAAGGGACCAGCGCCGGACGCUGACAUUAAUGUUCACAUAGUGUUCCCUAUGGGGAUUGUUACGCCUGGGCUCGAGAACGAGAACAGGCUCAAGCCACAGCUCACGGUGAAGCUGGAGGAGGAUGACAAACCACAGACGCCCGACGAUGUAGCCAAGAUUACAUUGAAGCGAUUAGAGGCGGGCGACUAUAUGGUCACAACGACCUUUUUGGGGCAUCUGAUGAAGGGUGCGGGUAUGGGUGGCAGUGCGCGGGGAGGCUUUCUGGACAUUUUCUGGAAUUGGCUUGGCUCAAUUGUGGUUAUAUUUGCCGUUCCCGAUCUCAUUUGGAAAUGCAAGGCCUGGGGUAAGCAGAGAGGCCUCAAGUCCACUGUCCCGGCGAGUACGAACUGA